GACUCACUUGCAACACAAGAUCAAGAUUUUAGCUAGGGAGAAAAGAAAUAAAAAGGAAAAAGGAAAUGGGGAAAGAAGAUGAUAUGAUGAUGAUGACGACGACGAUGAGGAAAGGGCCGUGGACCGAACAAGAAGACGUUCAGUUGGUUUCGUACGUGAACAUGUUCGGAGAUCGACGAUGGGAUUUCAUAGCAAAAGUUUCAGGUUUGAAGGUGGCGGGAGAUACAAAAAUGAAAAAAUAGGUCUAAGAAGAAGUGGAAAGAGUUGCAGGUUGAGAUGGGUAAACUAUCUGCACCCAGGACUCAAAAGAGGCAAGAUGACUCCUCAAGAAGAACGUCGAAUCCUCGAGCUUCACUCUAAAUGGGGCAACAGAUGGUCGAGAAUUGCUCGAAAGCUUCCAGGACGAACAGAUAACGAGAUCAAGAAUUAUUGGAGGACCCAUACGAGGAAAAAUGCACAAGAAAAGAAAAGGGUGUUGUCACCAUCGUCAUCAUUCUCAAACUCCUCUUCCUACUCGUCAAUAUGUACUAGUAAUCCUACUAUUGAUUCCACCCCGAUGACGGAGUUUAACCAACGAAGCUUUUAUGACACUUCGGGGUUGGAAAUGGUGGUCAUCACGAAGGGCGAAAGUGAUAGUAAUACAAUGAAGAGUACCACUACGAGCCUUAACGAUGUUAGUGAGAUGCAAGACGGGUAUAAUUCGAUGGAUGAAAUAUGGAAAGAUAUAGAUUUACUAGAAGACGAUGGUAUAACGCCAGUUUUUGGUACUUGUAGUGAAAUAGCACCUUCUCCGAUGUGGGAUUACUCUCUCAACGCGUUGUGGAUGAUCGAUGGCCUAGAGGAGACGGAAAGCAACAUGUUUUUUCCCGACAACAAGCGAGCAAUUUAGCACAAGGUUAACCAGCUGACUUUAGUUCUUUGAGUUAUGAAUUCGGUGUUGGUAUUAUGUACAUUAUCGAAUUCAAUCGUAUGAUAUUACGUUAUAUAUGUUAUUGAGGUAA